AUGGAACAUUCAUUUAUUGAAUUGAAUGAUUUACCUGACGAAAUUCUUAUGAUUAUUCUGGAAAAAUUGCACAAUGUCGAAGCACUUUAUUCUUUAACUGGUGUCAAUAAACGACUCAAUACAAUUGUACAUGAUUCAAUUUUUACAAGUGAUUUAACGUUGAUGACAUCUUCCCCUGAUUGUUUAUUUCAUCGACUUAUUAAUACAAUACUUGAUCGAUUUUGUCGAGAAAUUUUACCUAAAAUUCAUUGUAAAAUCAAAUGGCUUAAUCUUGAAUCAUCAUCUAUGGAAUGUAUUCUUCUUUCAACAAAUUAUCCUAAUUUAUGUGGACUUGGUUUAUAUAAUCUUGCAUCAGAAAUGGCUAGAGAUCUCUUUACUGAUGAAAGCUUUUUAAUUCGUAUUUUCAAAAAACAAAUUUUAUCACUUGUUAUUGAUAUUUGUGAAUGUGACAAUCCAAAUUCAAUCAUAAAUAUCAAUAGGUUUAUAUAUACACAAAUCUUUACUACGUUCAAUAAUUUACAAUGUCUAGAUUUUGGUCCAUGUUGUUCUGAUUAUGACAUAUUAUCAUUUGGUAUAUCACCUCCAGAUGUUUUUUCUUCAACUCUGUUAGAAUUGCAUGUUGUGGUAGAAUCUUAUAAAGAUUGUCUCUAUUUACUUGAUGGUCGUUUCAAUCAGCUUCAUACGCUCUAUGUUACUAUUUGUUGUCCGUAUCCUCCGUUGCCAAUAAUCAAUAAUGAAGACAGUCAAGUUAUUUCAUGUAUUGAUUAUUUUCCAGAGGCAAAUGCAUGUCACUGUCAUAUUUAUUCAUAUCCAUAUACAUUGACAUAUUACAAUGAUAUAACAAAUAAUUUUCCUGGUGGAUUAUUUAAAUGUGUUCGUGAAGUAUCAUUAUUUGAUGAACGCCCUUUUGAACAUGAAUUUUUUCUUCAAAUUGCUCAAUCAUUUCCAUUUAUGAAAAAUUUAUCUCUAUGGUGUCAUGUAUUGUUUAUAUUAUAUAAACCAUCAGGAAAAGCUUUAAAUACACGUGGUCGUAAACGAAAUGCAAGUGGAAGUGAAGAAACACGUAAACGUGCUUCAGCUUCAACUUCAACAACUACUACAGAUGAAUAA